CGCGCGACGGGGGCGGAGCACGAUCGCGAUCGCGCAGGCACCGCGGGGCUGGGGCGCGCGGCCCAGCCAGGAGCCGGGAGCAGCUGACUGCUGACUCAGACCCCGAGCAGGCAGCGCGAGCUCAUGCUGCUGGCUGCUGCAUCCCUAUCCCACAAUCCCUUGCCGGCUCGCUGCGGUCUUUUCAGUAGCCGCGGAGAAAAAGGAUGCCCUGCAAGAUAAAGCCUGGCGGGCCCGGACACCGGAGGGGGUCUCCCACUUGUUAGUGACCCAGCAACGUUCCGGCUGGCUCUCCUGAGCCUCCCCUCCUCUCCUGCGUUUCUCUCUUCCUCUGUCCUGCUCCCGAGCUGGCACCUGGCUCCCCGGAGCAGAAGCUAUGCUGCUGGGCCGCUGACGAUGGCUGCGCUGCUGGCAGCAGCGUGCAGGGUCACAUUCAGCCGGCCCCCCAUGUCAGUGGUUUAGGAUGGCCAGUGAAGCCACCAACAUCCCAAGCCCCGUGGUGCGCCAGAUCGACAAACAGUUUCUGAUUUGCAGUAUAUGCCUGGAACGGUACAAGAAUCCCAAGGUUCUUCCCUGCCUGCACACUUUCUGCGAGAGGUGCCUGCAGAACUACAUUCCUGCCCACAGCUUAACCCUGUCCUGCCCGGUGUGCCGCCAGACCUCCAUCCUGCCCGAGAAAGGGGUGGCCGCGCUCCAGAACAACUUCUUCAUUACGAACCUCAUGGACGUGCUGCAGCGGACGCCGGGCAGCAACGUCGAGGAGUCUUCCAUCCUGGAGACGGUGACCGCUGUGGCUGCAGGAAAGCCUCUCUCUUGCCCGAACCACGAUGGGAACGUGAUGGAAUUUUACUGCCAGUCCUGCGAGACCGCCAUGUGUCACGAGUGCACAGAGGGGGAACAUGCAGAGCACCCCACAGUCCCACUCAAGGAUGUGGUGGAGCAGCACAAGGCCUCACUCCAGGUCCAGCUGGAUGCAGUCAACAAAAGGCUCCCGGAAAUAGAUUCUGCUCUUCAGUUCAUCUCCGAAAUCAUCCAUCAGCUGACUAACCAAAAAGCCAGCAUUGUGGAUGACAUCCACUCCACCUUCGAUGAGCUGCAGAAGACCUUAAACGUGCGCAAGAGCGUACUGCUUAUGGAACUGGAAGUCAACUACGGCCUCAAACACAAAGUGCUGCAGUCGCAGCUGGACACUCUGCUGCAGGGCCAGGAGAGCAUCAAGAGCUGCAGCAGCUUCACGGCGCAGGCCCUCAACCAUGGCACGGAGACCGAGGUGCUGCUGGUCAAGAAGCAGAUGAGUGAGAAGCUCACCGAGCUGGCCGACCAGGACUUCCCGCUGCACCCGCGCGAGAACGACCAGCUGGACUUCAUCGUGGAGACCGAGGGCCUGAAGAAGUCCAUCCACAACCUGGGCACCAUCCUGACCACCAACGCUGUGGCCUCGGAGACGGUGGCCACGGGCGAGGGGCUGCGACAGACCAUCAUCGGGCAGCCCAUGUCUGUGACCAUCACCACCAAGGACAAGGACGGCGAGCUGUGCAAGACGGGCAACGCCUACCUCACGGCAGAGCUCAGCACGCCAGACGGCAGCGUGGCGGACGGCGAGAUCCUGGACAACAAGAACGGCACCUACGAGUUCCUCUACACGGUGCAGAAGGAGGGCGACUUCACGCUGUCGCUGCGCCUGCACGACCAGCACAUCCGCGGCAGCCCCUUCAAGCUCAAGGUCAUCCGCUCGGCAGACGUCUCGCCCACCGCCGAGGGCGUCAAGCGGCGCGUGAAGUCCCCGGGCAGCGGCCACGUGAAGCAGAAGGCGGUGAAGCGGCCGGCCAGCAUGUACAGCACGGGCAAGCGGAAGGAGAACCCCAUCGAGGACGACCUCAUCUUCCGCGUGGGUACCAAAGGAAGAAAUAAAGGAGAGUUUACAAACCUUCAGGGGGUAGCUGCGUCAACAAGUGGAAAGAUAUUAAUUGCAGACAGUAACAACCAGUGUGUGCAGAUAUUCUCCAAUGACGGCCAGUUCAAAAGUCGUUUUGGGAUCCGAGGCCGCUCCCCUGGGCAGCUCCAGCGGCCCACAGGAGUGGCCGUGCACCCGAGUGGGGACAUAAUCAUCGCAGACUAUGACAAUAAGUGGGUUAGCAUUUUCUCUUCGGAUGGGAAGUUUAAGACAAAAAUUGGAUCAGGAAAGCUGAUGGGCCCUAAAGGAGUCUCUGUGGACCGCAACGGGCACAUAAUCGUGGUGGACAACAAGGCGUGCUGUGUGUUCAUCUUUCAGCCCAACGGGAAAAUCGUCACCAAGUUCGGUAGCCGAGGGAAUGGGGACAGGCAGUUUGCAGGUACACUCGAUGGUCCUCAUUUUGCAGCUGUAAAUAGCAACAAUGAGAUUAUUGUUACAGAUUUCCAUAAUCAUUCUGUCAAGGUAUUUAAUCAGGAAGGAGAAUUUAUGUUGAAGUUUGGCUCCAACGGGGAAGGCAAUGGGCAGUUUAAUGCACCAACAGGUGUGGCCGUGGAUUCCAACGGGAACAUCAUCGUGGCCGACUGGGGAAACAGCAGGAUCCAGGUUUUUGACGGCAGCGGAUCAUUUUUGUCCUACAUUAACACAUCUGCUGACCCACUCUACGGCCCCCAAGGCCUGGCCCUAACUUCAGAUGGUCAUGUUGUGGUUGCGGACUCUGGAAAUCACUGUUUCAAAGUCUACCGAUACUUACAGUAAUGGCUCCCAGUUGGACACCCCUUUGAAAGGUCUUGCACUAUAAACUGGAAUGGAUUUCAUGACAUGGGACCAGAUUAUAAACCAGACUUUUCAUGCUAGAAGGAAUCUUCAGUGAACUUUACAAGGUUAUUUCUGAAUGUAACAAUUUAUUUAAAAACUGCUUAUCCAGUUUCCAGAAUUCACCCAUAGGAUUUAAACAACAAAACUAAACAAAAGGUCUCCUGAAUCUUUGAAAGCUGCAAAGUUUUACACCUGUGAACUAUGGCUUAUAGGACAGGGAUUUAUGUAGUUCAACUAAUUUUGCAAAACAAACAGUUAAAAGAAAAAAGUCCUAGCAUAUGUAAAGAUAUUUGUUAAUCUGUGAAUGGCACCAUUGUGCAGAGCUUCCAAAAACAAAACCUGUUGUCGUUGUACACUUUUUUUAACCUAGGUCCCAAGACCUAGGGAAUCUUCUAACCUCACUUUUGCAGUAGGUGUUACUCUUGUGACAUUUUUGAGUUGUCAGCGACCACAUAGGAAUUACUUUAAGGCUGUCUUGCAAGAUCCCUUUGCUUUUGAUCAGCAGGCUCUCACAUUUAAGAAUCAAUGCAAAUUUCCUAACCUUUCAGGGUUAGCUCAAAGAUCAUCUGUUUGUUCUUUUCACCUCUUUCCUGCUCACCUUGUUAUCAGGAAACAAAGUCCAUUUUCAGGGAAACCUGAUAUUCCUGACACUUUGAAAAUUAUAUUACAAAAGCAGUGCUACCUUACAUUCAAUGAAAAGCUCUGGAUUAACGUACUGGAAUGUGAUUGAGAAAAGUCCAUUUGAUGUGCCACGUUUUUCAUGCAUCUUUUCCUCUCCCACUCCACAAAAGCGAAAGCUUUACCUCCUGCAGAAUGUCAGCACAUGUAAUAGGACACCGGUAUCCUAGGACAGAGAGCCAUAAGGAGCCCUUUGGAGGACUGAUGGUGUCAACCAAAGGCAUGUGAUUGCUUAACGAUUUCCCCUUAGAGAGCAAGUGUUACCAAAGUUCUGUUAUCUCGAGAGCAUUACAGGUAAGGGCAUGUGACGGUUAUUUAUCAUUGUCUAUUAAAUAGUAGAGGCAUUAAGGGACUAUGUAUACAUGAUUAGGGUAAGAUAGAAUGUAUAAUAUAUGCAUAUAUAUAUAGCUGAAUCUUCGGUGUAUUGAAAUAGGCAGCACUCUGGAAGACAGAAGCAUUAUCUAGCCAUUCUUCAGCCCAUUCCUUUACCAGUGACACUUAAACCUGUCAUCCGGAGCAAGCCCUCAGGCACGUGUAAUUUUUUUGCCCCUUUUCCAGGAAUGAUGGUGGUGGCUGACAUCUAGUCAGAGAAUGACUUUCUGUGCUUUUGAAGGAAGGCAAUGAAGGAGAGAAGGAAAAACAAAAUUUGAAAAGCUGAAUUACAUUUAAUUUAAACUAAGUGUACACGCAUUUUGAGGACUGUUAUGAACAAUUUGGUCAAUUGUUCCCCUGUCAUUGAUACUAUACAAUAAGAUUCGGUCUGUUUCCACUGUUUUCUGCUCAAUUCUGCCAAUAUAGUGUUGUGUUUGACAUUUUUCCAUAAUGACUUGGGAUCUUUUUCAGCGAAAGCACCUUAGAACUGUACUAUAAAAAAGUUUUUCCUGUACCUAUUAUUAUAUGAAUGUGUUUAUUGCUUAUUAAUUUAAAUGUAGCCAUUCUCUCUAUAUAACUUUUUAAAGUUUAGAAGGGAAGUCUAGCUACUUCCAGUUCUCUAUUAGAUUUAUUAUGCCCAAAUCAAGACUGAAAAAGUUUCUUAUUAAUGUUUAGGCUUAGUAUUUUUUUUUUUUUUGUUUGUGUAGACUUUAAAAUAUUCAAGCCUGUCAGUGACAAAGUCAUAAAAUUUACUAAUUCUGAUUUUUAGAAUUUAAACUAAGAUAUUGUUUCCUAAAGGCUAAUGAAAUAAGUGUUUGAUUUUUUGUUUUCUUCAGUGCCAGGGGUGAACCCAGAGCUUUAUGCAUACUAAAUACAAGCUUAAAUACUGAGCUGUACCUGUAGACCAAGCCUUUGAACUUAAAAAUAUUCAUCACACUUCUAGGUGAUGGGGAUAAAGUGAGGGACAAAUAGACAAAAAUUCCUAUCCCCUUGGACAUUACACUCUGGGGAAGAAAUUUCAUUUUGCUACUUACUAGUGUUCUACCUGAAAAAUAGGGUAGACCCUUGAUAAUUCUUGGACUAUUUAAAAGAAAAUAUUUUUAACUGCUUAAAUUUAGUUUAUUUCAUGAGUAAAAACACAUUUCUAUUUAAAUUAUCACAGAUUUUUUUUUCUUUUUGUUUGGUGCUGGAGAUUAAACCUAGGUCUCCAUACAUACUAGGUAACACUACCCACUGAGCUAUAUUCUUAGCCCUUGAUUUUAAAAUGAUUUACCUAAAGAGGCUUUUUUUUUCAGAAUGUUUGUGAACUUGAAAAUUAACUCAUAAACUAAUCAGCCAUGACAUCAUAUCAGACUAGAUAUCUCAGUAACAGGUUGAACACAAAGCUGUUUUUUCUUUACAUGUCACAAAUUGGAAUAACAGAAUAGAUAGCUUGACUUGGAUGUGUUCCAUUGUCUCGUGUUAAAACACAAGCUAUGAGAACUCCAGGAAAUACUAUAUUUUCCCCAAAACUUAUGUAAUCAUGUAUGUUAUACAUUCCCCACUUGAAUACAUAUGUACAUAUACUGUUUUCCUUAAUAAGCAUAUUUUCGGGGAAAGUGCUGCUUAUAAGAUACAAAUAGACAAGAUUUAGAUGAAAUUUUGUCACAUUCUAUAAAAUGGUUUCUGGUAAACUGAGAAGGAUAUUAAUUUUAAGUGGCUUUUUUCUGGACUACCAUUAUUGUUUGAUUUCUCUUUGUCAAGUGUAUAGAACCUCUCCUACAUCCAUGAUAAGUAGCGCUGAAAAAAAUUCAGAUUUCUCCUGGGCACUUCCGACCAAAUAUUGCCAGUUAGCAUUUAAAGGUCAGUGACAGUACGUUCUCUCCCCACACAGACCUUCCCUGCUGGCCAUGGGAAGGUGGGGGGUCACUUGCCCAUCCCGAAAGAAACAACGUGAACAAAAAGCAUUCAUGACUCUUGGCUAUUUUUUUAAAUGGUAUGUAGUACUUCGGUGAAACUUUGGUCCCCAUAACUAAACAAGUCCCCAAGUUUCCUUACUUUCAUUUAGUCUAAGACCAGAGCAAAGCAAAUAAAUAACUCAGAUCCUUGCAACUAUUGCACACUUGCUUCCACUACUAAAUACAGGGUAUGUCCUCACAUGGAAUUAACUGGAAUAGCAGUACGCUAGCAAGGGUCGGGGAGCCUUCCACUGAAGGAGGGAACAAAUGCUUUGGUAGUCGUACCUUCCGGGUAAAUUCGAGGAUCUAGCAAGUCAACAUCAGAUAAUCUUGCUAAAAACUACUUCAAGUGAGAAAAAUGUUUUUGUACGUUUGCGCUCUAUUCCUCUCUAUUAACCAGCUUAUAAAAAGGGGGGAAUUUUUUUUUUUUUUUUUUUUUUGUCUUUUUCCUUUUUAUCGGUACUGGGGAUUGAACUCACAACUGCCUGCUUGCAAGGCAGGCGCUUAUGCCCUGAGCUAAAUCCCCAGCCCCCAGGGGGGAAUGUUUUUAGUUGAAGAAUCGAAAAAUCAGACAUUGUCAGAGAAGAGAAAAUUGAAACUAUUGGGUGCAAACUGUAUCUAAUUCUGCUUAGAACUGAAAAAGUCAUAAUGCUAUUGCUUUCUGUAAAUGUUGCAGGGUUUUAAACUUUACAAUUAUUUUAAUAUUUUUGAUAACUAGGAAUCUAGUAUUGCCAUAAAGGAAACUUAAGUGCCCAUUAAAGAUUUGUUUGAUAUAAAUAAAUAAUUCUUUUGUUUUGUUUUAAAUGACAGCUACAAAUCAUGAUGCUAAUCUUAAAAACUUUUAAAGGUGAAUUGUGCGGCAGUGAUUGUGUGGUCUGUUUGUGGAGAAUGUAUGAAAGCUAUGGAUUAAUAUUCUAGACUAGAUUAAUAAAUUGGCUAUGUUGUUCCAAUGAAUGUACAGCACUUCCACUAAUUUUUGAAAGCAACACAGCCUUAAACUCAGUGCAUUUGCUUUAUGACAUUGGAAUGUUCUGUCAUCACCAGAGUGUAUUCUUGUAGUAUUUAUAUCACUCUCAGUUCUGUGGCUUUGGAUAUUAUGUAUGAUUAUGAAAGAUUUUUGCUUCGUUUGCUUUUCAGAUUUUUACAUUCCAUCUUUCUAGGUCUGUCUCAUACGUUUUGUGUAUAGAAAGAGCACUAAGUCUUGCGCUCUCUGACAUUGGUACUGAAAUAUUCUCAUCGUUUGUUCUUUUAUGAAUCAAAAUGCUGACUGCCUAUUUAAAGAACAGGAUGAAUGCUGUGCAUCAAAGUGUUUGUAUGUUCGUAGCUACAUACGUACCACAGUAUUUUGGAUGCUUUAGUCUACAAUAAAACUUUAAUUCUGUCUUAAAACAUAGGAGAAACAAGAUUCAUGUGUGUAUCUUUACCAUGCACAAAAUCUCAAACCAUAAUAAAGCUUGUUUUCUCCA